AUGGCACUCCAGCAGCCACGCCAAUUUCCCACCACUGGGUUCGAAGUAAUCGACCCAGCCCAGAAGCUCGAAGAAGAAAGACUGCCAUUUUACAUCUGUGAUGAAUAUUACCCGAUGCAAAUAGGAGAGGUCAUUCAUGUACACCACCAAGUUGUCGCUAAACUUGGUUACGGCGUGACCUCAACUGUAUGGCUAGCUCGCGAUCUUCGUGAUGCCAAAUAUUGGGCACUCAAAGUGUACAUCAACACCAUGCAGCACAAUCAGGAACUUCUUGUGUACAAACAUCUUGCAAACGCUCCGACAAACACUCCAACUGAGCUCGGCUUCCAAAAUGUCCGCCAGAGUCACGAGUCCUUUCAAAUAGAUGGCCCAGCUGGAAAACAUGACGUGCUUGUUAUGAAGCCCCUAGGAAUGAGUCUCCGAUCGUUCCAAGACAUGCAACAAACCGGCUUCUUUCCGCGCGAAACCGUCGCCGGUGCGAUGGGGCAGGUUUUUCUAGGCAUGAAUCUGCUUCUUGAGGCUGAUGUUAUUCAUACCGAUCUGCACGCGGAUAAUCUUUUGAUCGCGCUCACAGACGAAUCAAUUCUCUCAAGAGUGGAACAAAAUGAGAUCGACACACCCAUUGCACGAAAGCAAUUAGGGGAAAGAUUUAUCUACGGUUCUCAAUACGUGUUGGGAGGUGCAGGACCGCUGGUCAUUUCCGACUUUGGUCAAGCACGCAUUGGUGCAGAACAACACGGAAAUGCUAUGCCGGUACCAUAUCGCGCACCUGAAGUGAUUCUGGGCAUGCAAUGGGGGCCCGAGGUAGAUAGGUGGAGCGCUGGGUUACUGGCUUGGGAUCUUCUCGAGAAAGAGAAGCUCUUCGACGUGUACGACAGCGAGUCCCAGGAGCACAAUGACGCCUGCCAUCUUGCAGCCAUGACUGCGCUCAUGGGUCCGCCACCUCGUGCGAUUGGACUGGACUGGUCCCUCUUCCCACCGAGAGAACUUUUGAAUCCUUAG